AAGUGGUGAACCGCAGGAGAGCGGCAGCGGCAGCGGUGGGGUCUUAGCAGCGGGCCGUGCGUUGGUUGCCUCCCUUGGUUCAGUCAGUAUAGUGGCAGCGGUGCACGCACACCGCACGCAGUUCUCGCGCGCGCUACGAGAAGUUCAACACAUUCAAACUCAACUUAUUGCAGGUAUAGUCGAUAUGUGAUCAGUGUGACCAGUGCUAAUAUAAAUUUGAUUGUGAACAAAGUAAUAUUAUAACUGUAAGUGGAAAAGUUUGAUCUCAAAAUGGUGACUUCGAGAAUACCAGCUUAUUCUCUGAAUUCGGAGUUCAACAGGGAGUUCAGAAGUUUCCGCAUAACUCGAGCCACACCGCGAUCGACUUUAUAUGCGCCUGCCAUUGUUCCCAUCCACGAGUAUCCAAGGGUUAGCGUGCACGAGAGAAGAGAAGCACUGAAGGCAGCACUUGCCAAAGCGUGGUCUUCCAAAAGCAGUGAAAAGAAGAAACAUGAUACAUGGACCAUUCCCAAUGAACAAAACAGGGCUGGAAUAACAGCAGCUGAUUUCACAGCAAAGUCACAAAAAAAUCUAGUGAAUGGUGACGUUUCACGUGUUGCUCUCGUUAAACAUGAACUUGAAAGCAAGGAAGUGGAACGAAUAGAUUCUAUUGAUAAUAGAGUGGACAUUAGUCAGCCUGCAAGCUUUAGUUAUAGUCGAGUCAAUGGAAAUGGUAUAGAUAUACAGGAAACAUUGAAAAAGGGCUGUGAUAAAGGGUUACACAAUAAGGAUAUAAGCUAUAACGACUACCUAAAUAAUGUUCCUAAAUGUAAAACUAGUUUCGAAAAUAACUUUCUCAAACAAAGCCAUGAAGAACGUUAUACAAAACGAAAUGGGUAUGAUGGCACAGGCAAGCGCAUCGACAGAGACAUCAAUCUAAAUAAUGUAGAAUAUAACAGCCUGAAUGGCGACACGUAUGAUUCUUUGAAGUAUUCGCGAACAGCGAACGGCAUAGAAUCAGUGCAAUAUAAAAGUUACGGUAAGGCGGACACCGUUAAAAGCAAAUUGCUUAACACAGAUAGCCCGAAAAGCGUGACGUCUUGCAACGGAGAAAAAUUAAAUGGAUAUGUAAGCUCAGACCGCCGUAACACAAAGGAGCAACAACGACCAUUAACAAGCGGUCCCAAAUCCGUCGUGGAACAGAGGCUUGCCGAGCGCCUCGAGGUGAAGGUAGCAGAACUGCCAGCGCUCUAUCUCGGCGUCGAUUCCUGGACACCAAAGUCUGCCGCUUUCCAGAAGAGUAUGCGCGAACACGAGUGGAGCAGAACUGCCAGCGCUUCCCAGAUGUGUGAGCGAGUGUAA